UAAAAAAAAAUAAUAAAAAAAAGGAAAAAAGUAGUAAUAUGGUAAUACCCACCUGCUUCGUCACUCUCCUCUAAAAAAUACGCAGUAGUUAUACGGCAAAACCACCCCUGCUUCAUCUCUCUUGUCUCAAAAAUUUUCAAAUUCUCCAUGACUCCAUCUUCCUCACCUCCAUGCCUUCCUCCAUUUCACGGCCUUUGACACAUCAUCCUCGACGAUUGGCUGCAAGUCCUGGAUUCAAGUUUUGCGAUUAAUAAGGAGGAGAAGGUUGAGAAGACAAAUGGUGCAUAGACACUACAUUCCCUUACGAGUAGUCAUGUCGGGUGACACUCCUCAUGCUGGGAGUCGGGGUAUAACUGCAAAGAAGGAUAAAACUCAAGACAAGAGUGGAGAUGUACAGAAACCAAUUAUCAAACUAUUAUUUCCUAAUAGACAUCUUAAGAGUAAGCUAGAUAAGCAGUUUGGUAAGUUUCUGGAGGUUGUCAAGAAUUUGCAGGUAACGGAUCCUUUCACAGAAUUAAUUACUCAAGUUCCUGCAUAUUCUAAAUUUAUGAAAGAAAUUUUGACCAGAAAAAGAUCUAUUAGUGAGGUAGACACAGUUGCUUUUACUGAGGAAUGCAGUGCUAUAUUAUAGAAUAAAUCUCCACCUAAACUAAAAGAUCCGGGUAGUUUUUCUAUUCCUUGUCACAUUGGUAAUCUUAUGAUUGAUAAAGCUUUAUGUGAUUUGGGUGCUAGUGUAAGUGUUAUGCCGCUAUCUGUGAGCUGUAAAUUAAAUAUGGGUAAUUUACAAGCUACCAAUAUUACUCUACAAAUG